AUGCGCAUCCGUACCGCGCGGUGGGGCCUCCGAACCUGCAGAGGGCGGCAGAGCCCCGGCCGCCCCUGCCUUUUGCGUCACUCACCGUGUGCGUGCGGCUUCCGGGUCAGAGGUCAAGACGACCGCCGAGUUCCCGCAGCUCGGGUCAUGGUGCAGCUCCGUCCGCGCGCCUCCCGCGCCCCGGCAUCGGCCUCGGCGAUGGUGGACGAGGGCCAGCCCGCCUCCGAAGAGGAGGCGGGGCACGGGCUGCUACUCGGGCAGCCCAGCAGCGGCGCGGCCGCCGAGCCGCUGGAGGAAGACGAGGAGGGGGACGACGAAAUCGACGACGAGGCCCCGGAGGAGCUGACUUUCGCCAGCGCCCAGGCCGAAGCGAAGGAGGAGGAGCGGCGAGUUCGGGAGACGGUGCGCAGGGACAGAGCGCUUCUGAAGGAGAAGAGGAAACGGCGUGAGGAACUGUUCAUUGAACAGAAGAAAAGAAAACUCCUUCCAGAUACUAUUCUAGAGAAGUUAACUACAGCUUCACAAACUAGUGUGAAGAAAUCACCGGGAAAGUUGAAAGAAGUUAAUUUGCAAAAGAAAAAUGAAGAACGAGAGAAAGGAAGUUACUCUAAGAAAGCUAAAGUGCAGAAAGUACAGACUGUUGGCCAGAAUAAAAGCUACAUGGCUGUAAGGCUAAAAGAUCAAGAUUUGAGAGAUUCAAGGCAAGAAGCUGCGAAAGCCUUCAUACAAAAUUGUUUAUAUGGUCCUGGAACCAACAGAACUACUGUAAACAAGUUCCUGUCUCUUGAAAACAAGAGGUUACCGAUGAAAAAGGCUGCAGCCCAGUUUUUGAAUAAUACUUGGGGAUCUCAGAGAAAACAAAAUGCCAAGAGGUUUACCAAACGUUGGAUGGUCAGAAAGAUGAAAACUCCUAAGACAUAAAUCAAAGCUAGAUGAAGAACAAGUACUUUGUGAUGGCUCUUGUCUUUCUGUGGGAGGAUAGAACUACGGAGGGAACUACGACGGUUUCAGACGUUGGCCUCAAGUGGAGCUGCA